GUGAACACACACACACACACACACACACACACACACACACACACACUCACACACGCACACACACUCACAGGGAGGAGGCAGGAGGUUUUAUCUCGCUGCUGAAGAGAAGGAUGGCAGCUCAGGGAUUGACUCCGAAUCCCAAACUCACAUCAUCACCUCGGCAAAACGUGAAUCAAACCACGAGAGAGCUGAAACCGUGGCAGCGUGUCCACACGCCGGGGAAUUGCUGAAGCUUCAGGAUCAACAACACCGGAGAGAAAAACACGCCAUCAUCCUGCACUGCAGCUACCAGGCUAAUGGAGCUAACAGGACUCGUUUGUCUCGGUGGACUCCUGUCUGUCCUCUGUGUUGCGUCCGGAUCUGAGGGACGGGUCGACAGGUGCGAGUGUCCAUCAGCCACCAUGACGGAUCACUUUCCUUCCCAUUUCUCCAACGAGACCUGCUGUCUGAACUUCAGUGGAUCUUCAUUUCCACGUGUCUCGUGGGCCGCAUUAAGAUCCAUGCCCAACCUUCAGAUCCUGGAUUUGUCCUUUUGUAACGUCACACGGAUCCAUGACACGGCUGCGGGUUCCACUCCUGCUUCCCUACGAGAGAUUUAUUUAAACCAGAACCAGCUGAAAUUCCUUCCUCGAGACUUCCUUGCUGAUGCUGUCGGUUUGGAGGUGCUGGAUUUGGAGCAGAACUUUCUGGAGGAACUUCCUUUCCAUUUCCUAAAGAAUGCUGAAAAUCUGCAAGUUCUGAUUCUUAGUGGAAAUCGUUUGGAAUCACUUCCUGCCUCCGUCCUCAAACUUCCCGUCCAGCAGAUGAAUCUAUUGGGAAAUCCGUGGACAUGCUCUUGCUCUUUCGUGGAGGAUUUUCACUCUGCUAAUCAAGGCAACUCCAGCAGGUUGCAGGACAUCGUGGGUAACCUGACAUGUUCCUCUCCUGAAAGCCUUUCAGGCAGGACGGUUUGGUCCGUCCACAUCGAUGACGUUUGUCGUCUUUCAGGUCUGAAUGCUCUCUUCAUCCUGCUUCCGCUCCUCCUCCUCAUUGUCCUGAUGCUCUGCUGGUGCUGCGGGAGGAAAGAGGAGAAGAAAGACUCACCGAAAUUUGGGACAAUGCGUAUGAAGAACGGAGAUUUAAGCAGCGAGAGUGCAAAGGACAGCAUGUUGAAGAACCAGCUGAUGUUCAGACCUUCCUCAGCUCUUCUGGGCAGCACGAGGGACAUCUACGAGGAAGUGGAGGUCAAACUGGGGUCAGUGGACUCCCUGGGACCUCCACCGUCCACCUCAUCUGGUAAGGAGGAGAACCAGGAACUGGACAGUAAGCAGGAUUUAGAGACGGUGAGUGUGAGUGAGGUGAUGAGGGACUCAGCAGAUCGAGAGAAAGCCUACAUGACUCAGUCCACUAAAUACUACAGCCUGGUUCCAGGGCUGGAAAUCGACGACUCGGACCACGGCGAAUACGAGAGCGUGGAUCUGUCAUGAAGUUCCGUUUUCACUACUGGACAAUUCCAGUCUGUUUAAAUAACCUCGAGUGGACAGUGAGAAUGAUGGAGGUUUCCAAUCUACUGAGAACGAACACUGAAGUGAGAACGUCUUACACAACCGAGUCCAAAAGACUUCCACUGCUAGGAACUGUUUUUGUUAACGAGGAUCUCGAGCUCGAUUUGUGGUAAAGAGGAGAACGGUGAGUGUGAGAGAGGAGAUGAAGGACUCAGAUGAAGGUCUCAGACGUUACACUCGUAGUGUGCUUUCACACACUUACCUCGUCCAUGUGAUUCACGAGUCUGAAUCAGAGUUGAUUCUUUUGAAUCGUUUGUUCUGUGGUUUGGUUUCACACUGCGGCUAUUAAACAAACCACAAAGAAUAAAACACUUCUCUGAGGUGUGUAUGUGUGUGUGUGUGUGAGUGUGUGUGUGUGUGUGUGUGUGUGUGUGUGUGUGUGGGGCUGAAAACUUCCUCAUAAAAUGCUUUCAUUCUUUAGUCAGAAAUUUUUACAGUGAGGGUAAAAAAUGUACACAAACCUUUAAGAUUAGAGAUUUCUGUAAAUAACUCGUUUAAAAUGUUUGAGUCACAUCCAGAGUUUUAUUUCCUCUUUUUUGUUUUGUUUUGUUUUGUUUGUGCACCAAAUCUCCAGAACACAACACAUCUCUGCAGCGCUGCAGCUCCGCGAGGAACGUCCGGACGAUGGAGGGUUCUAGAGCGUGGGUUUGUCGUGACCACACUGUGUGUUUUUUGUUUUUAAUGAGACACUGGACAGGACGUGUGAGACGUGAGGAAUGCGGAUUAAACACGUUAACUAUCGGGUUCUUUGUGUUCCUGCGGGACAAACAGUCUACAGUGCACACACAGGGGUAAUUAUGGAACCUGAUACAGAGCCUGAGUUCACUACAGAACUGUUCUCCGUCAGAGAAACCCAUUUCAAACUCGUUUCAUUUCACAUAGUGAUAUUUCAGUAUCAUUCCAUCACCACCAUCAUCAUCAUCAUCAUCAGCGUUCUAAACCACGUAACUCGCUGCAAACUUCCUACACAGCAGUCAGAUUAUUUCUGAGUGAAUGAAUAUGUACUUGAUUUUAGAACCUUUAAUGGUUCUUCAUUUAUCCUUUUGGUGGAAACCUUUAGUGUUUAGUGUAGAACCCUAUAACAGAGUGUUUAUUUAGGAGAAAGUGUGGAAGCUAAGAACCUUUAGAUAUCCACUGACUUCUUGAGGGACCCUCUUUCUGAAAAGUGUAGCUUUCUAAAGAGGAUCUCCACCUGUGAGGGUUCUUCUGUUGUCCAUCUGUAGGGUUCCUGAGUGUUUCAGAGUGGAACCUCUUUUGGAUCCUUUAUAGAACCCGUAGUUCUAAGUGUGUGUGGUAACGGGGUAAGUGUGUGUGUUACAAACUCUAAAUUAUUGCUCAUUAUUUCCUUCUUAGAACCUAGAACCUGUCUUUAGAACAUUUAGCUAAAGUGUCUUGGGUUCUUCAAGAGUUCUGGAUAAUUAAAGGUUCUGAGGUUUUGCUGAAUUGGAUUUACGGAACCGUGUCUGAUAAAGGAACGCUCUGCUGGAAGGUUUUCCUUUUUGGGUUCUAGAUUUUGUAAGAGAUGUUGUAAUGAGGGAGUGUUGGAGUGAACCGUUAUAAACGUAUUGUUACAGAAUGACGUCUUUAAUAAAAAGGGAAAUUAAUUAUUAUUGAUUUAUGUAUUCUAUAAAACCGUUAAAAACUCACACUCGACAGAACGAAUGGUGCUGUGCUUUAACUCACCAGUGCUCGUGAGCACUCCAACGUCCAGGAACCCGCAUCUCCGUGGAGCGUCAGAACAGAGCGCGGGUUCUAGUUCUAGUCUAAACACGAUUCUAGUACUUGGAGCAGAGCCUCUGAUGUCUGAUCCCCGAAACAGAGCGAAGUCUGAAUGAAACACAAACAUCACGUUCCUGAGACGCAGAAGAACUAACGUGUGAAGUGUGAGCUUCUACAACGUUCUCACGUUCACGUCCUUCUGCACGAGUCAGAGCAGAGAGCUGCGGAGAGAAGAUCACGCGCAUCAGACCGACUCCGCGAGUGGAAAAAAGAUAUUUAGAUUAUUAUAAUUUAUAUAAUGUUUAGUUUAAUGAUUAUUAUAAUUAAUAUAAUGAUUAUUAUAAUUAAUAUAAUGAUUAGUAUAAUGAUUAAUAGUGAUGUGUUGAUCAGGGCAGGAACUCAGAGCUGUGAACGGAACACUGCCUUAAACUGCACCUCAGAAAUCUAAUAUCAUAUGCAAAUUAGCACAUAUCUAACGAUCAACUCAUUUGCAUGUUUGAAUAAUUACAGAACAUAAAAAAAGAAUUCUUGUAUUGAUGGCGUUUCAUUCUGAUAUCAGAAAGAA